AUGUGUUCCUGCAUAAACAAGACCAUUUCUGGCAAUGGCAGAGGAAGGGCUUUUGAUACAAUAAAUGAUAGAGAAAGAACAAGAGGGUGGGGUGGUGGCAGUGUGAGUGGCUCGGGAACGGAUAAAAUUGAUGCUCUUGGUAGCCUCCUUUCUGGCAAUGGCAGAGGAAGGGCUUUUGAUACAAUAAAUGAUAGAGAAAGAACAAGAGGGUGGGGUGGUGGCAGUGUGAGUGGCUCGGGAACGGAUAAAAUUGAUGCUCUUGGUAGCCUCCUUUCUGGCAAUGGCAGAGGAAGGGCUUUUGAUACAAUAAAUGAUAGAGAAAGAACAAGAGGGUGGGGUGGUGGCAGUGAUAUGGCAUCUGAAUUGAAAUUGAAUAUGAGGAGUGAUGGUUAUUUGAAUGUUAAUGAUUUGCUAAAGUUGAAUUUGAAGACACUUGAUAAUAUUCUUCUGCGAUCCAACACCAUUGAUGGCAUUAGGGAGGCUGUUCGAGAAGAUAAUAAGCAACGUUUCAGCCUCAUAGAAGAAAACAUGUGUUUUGGAGAAAACCAGAGCUAA